GAGAGCACAAACAUACCAAGUCUUGGAAUCUCGUUUCGCGGUCCAUCAAACCACGAAUAACGAGGAACUAAUUUUUUCUUUCCUGUUUUAACCCUUCUUCUCCUCCUCCUCCUCCUUCUUCUUCUUAGUUCUUCCUAUUUUCUUUAUAAUAACAACAAUAAUAAUAAUAAAAAAAGGUUUUUAUUUUUUAAAUAUUGUUGUUGUUUUGUUUGUGAUUUGUGAUGGGUUUUGUUCUUAAUUUAAUUCAAUAUAAUUUCCCUAUUUUAUAAUUAGUGUUCCUUUCUUGUACUGCUCCUUCUCUGCUAUAGAGAGAUAUAGAAAGAGAGAGUCCAAAAAGAGCUCCAAAUUUCCAUGGAUGCUUCGAUCUCCUCCCUCCUCAGUUUCAAACAGAUCUCAUUUUCAUAGAAAACCCAAUUCCCCAUUCUCCCAAUCCUCAUCCCCAUGUAAGAAAACUUUUCCCCUUUUCCCCUAAUUUAAUUAUUUAAUUUCAUUUUCUCUAUUAAUCCUUUUUUCUUCUUCUUCUUCUUCUUUCUCCAUUCUCAUUUCCUUCACCUCUUUUCCUCUGAUCUUUGAUUUUUGGUUUAUGGGUAUUCCAGUUACUGUGCUAAUUGACUCAUUCAUGCCCGCUAUAUCUUUCUCUACUUCACAAUUCCAUUGCUUUCUCGUUUUCCUUUAACAUUUUCUUAUCAUUUCUUUUUGUUUGCUGUUUGCUAGACCAGGUUCAAUGGGUUUCGCUUGGGAUCCACCCCUUUUGUUUUUUCGUGGGUGUUCGUUUUUUUUCCUCACAUUUUCUUCCCGCAUAUAAUGCCGCGUUCUUGAGGCGUUUUCAUGGGUUGAACUGUGAGGAAUAAUGGGUAGCGUUAGCGGAGAUGAGGAAUGCCCAUUUUUUGAUGCCCAAGAGAUCAAUGCUCCUUCGAUAUCUGAACCCGAUUGCGAUGGUAUUACAGCCUUUGAUUCUCAUCCCAGAUUCAACAAUUGGGUCGAUGGGAGUUUGGUUUAUGAUGUAUGGAAUCGGAGCCCCAAGAGUGUUAAUGAACGUCGGAGGAAGUUUUUGACAUGGAUGGGGAUGGGAUUAGAUCGAACUCCUCCUCCUUGUCACGGGAAUUCUCUGUCUCUGGGCUGUGAUUGGAGAGAAGGGGAUGUAGGAAGAUUGAGGGACAAUUCUGGGGUUGAAUCCUCUGAUUUCGAAGAUGUGUUUUGCUCAGGAAGAUCUUCGAUUUCAUGUUGGUCUAAUGAUGAUAUUGAACUUGCAGAGAUGGCUUCAACCAAUACCGUUCUGUAUAGAGAUGAUGUGAUUAAGGGGGAAUGCGGCAGGAAAAAUGGGGAUCUAAAACCCUCUGUUCGGUUUUCAAUGGCUGAAGAGCUUGAGGAAACUUCUAGUUCCUCGCCAUCUUUCCAACAAAUGAUGGAGAUGGAGGCUCAGAGAGUAAACAUCCCACUGCGUUCAGCACGAAGAGUCAACAAACGUUGGCUUAAGAAAUUGCGAUCAGCAGCCUGCAUUUUUGAUAAGCAUGGUAAAUCAACAAGAUUGGUAGUCGAUGAUGAUUCUGCUGCAGGGUCGAGAGUUCGGAGGGUGAAAGUUCGCCAUUGCAAGAAGCAUUUGAAGGAACUAUCUGCCCUGUAUAUGGGACAAGAUAUCAAGGCACAUGAAGGUGCUAUUUUGACGAUGAAAUUUAGUCCUAAUGGACAGUAUCUUGCUACUGGUGGUGAUGAUGGGAUUGUUAAAUUGUGGCAAGUUAUUGAAGAUGAAAGAUCUAAUGAAUCUGAUAUUCCCGAAAUUGAUCCAUCCUGCAUUUACUUCACAGUGAAUCGUCUUUCAGAGUUGAAACCCCUGCUUGUGGAGAAAGAGAAGUUGGCUAACUCAAUGACUUUGAGGAAAACAUCGGAAUCAGCUUGUAUAAUUUUUCCACCUAAGAUCUUCAGAAUAUUGGAGAGACCAUUGCACGAGUUCCAUGGACAUUCUGGUGAUAUUUUGGAUCUCUCUUGGUCAAAAAACAAUUAUCUUCUGUCAUCAUCAAUUGAUAAAACUGUCAGACUUUGGCGAUUAGGAUCUGAUGAUUGUCUCGGAGUUUUUUCACAUAGUAAUUAUGUUACUUGUGUUCAUUUUAAUCCCAUGGAUGAAAAUUACUUUAUCAGUGGUUCAAUAGAUGGAAAGAUCCGCAUUUGGGGAAUUCCUUCUUGUCAAGUUGUUGACUGGAUUGACAUUAGGGAAAUUGUCACUGCAGUGUCUUAUCAUCCUGAUGGACGGGGAGGAAUUGUUGGCUCCAUAAAUGGUACUUGCCGCUUCUUUAAAGUAAUAGGUGAUAAUAACUUGGAAUUAGAUGGCGAAAUAUGUUUGUCCAGUAAAAAGAAGUCGCCCAGUAAGAAAAUAACGGGGUUUCAGUAUUCUGCAGAAGAUUCAAGCAGAAUAAUGGUGAGCUCUGCUGACUCUCGAAUCCGGAUUAUUCAAGGGCUUAAUGUGAUUCAGAAGUACAAGGUCAGCUUGAUUGGUUGUUUGGUUUCGAUUAUGAAGAUUUUGCUUUUAAACCAAAUGGUGUCGUUCGUCGUAUCCUGUCUUCCAUGUGCCCUCAUAAGCAAGUUUCGUCCUUUCUGUUCAGGGCCUUGUAAUACCGGAAACCAGAUGUCUGCAUCAUUUACCUCAGAUGGGAAACAUAUCAUCUCGGCAAGUGGGGAUUCUAAUGUAUAUGUAUGGAACUGCAGUUAUAAAAACGAGGCGGUUCUUUCCCCUGUGAAAAAGAUUAAGUCGUAUGAAUAUUUCUCCUCCAAUGCUUCCAUUGCAGUACCAUGGUGCGGUUUGAGAUGUAACACAGAGGCUGGUGAAAGACAUUUUCCUGGCAUGCAAAGGAACUCGUCGGAAACUUUCCCGCUUCCAUCACCUGCGUUUUUCUCUUUGAGCCAAGAGUUAUUAGAAUCCUUCCCCAAGGGAUCCGCAACUUGGCCUGAGGAGAAGCUCCCAACCUCAAGCCUACUAUCGAGACCCUCUUUGAUGCAUAAAUCUCGGUAUAAAUUUCUGAAGUUGUCUUGCCAAAAUACAUCAAGUUCUCAUGCGUGGGGUCUGGUUAUUGUGACAGCAGGAUGGGAUGGACGAAUCAGGUCGUUUCACAAUUACGGUUUGCCUGUACCUGUCUGAAAUUUCAGGAUUUUCCAAGUACAUGAAGUGAUUUCUUCAUAUUGUGGUGCCUCACUUGUUAGUGCCUCCUGGCUGAGUAAUAGCUAUGAUGGAAGCCUGAUCUCAUUUUAGAUGAUCAACCAACCAAUGUUAUCACCAGCUGCAAUAAAACACAAUUAUAUCUGCUGAUAAUCGAUACGUUACCGUUUUCGGAAUUUCCUCGAGCAUAUCUAUAGAUUUUCUGGUACUAUAGGGUCAGUUUAUGGAAAUGACAAUUGAUGGAAGAAGCUUCUCUGUUGAGGAAGCGGCUUCAAAUCACCUAGUGGCCAAGGUUACUACAGGGCUUGGAGGACCUCUUACCUCUUGCUUUUUUCUGCUCUAACAUGGUCAAGGAAAUCAAGAUCGGUGGUCUGAGUUCAUUGAAGAAGAAUGGGUUAUAUGCCAUUAUAUCUCGUGGGCCAUUUUUGAUUGAUUUGAUAUUUUGACCAUUUCUACUUCUGCUUCGUAUCAAGACGACGAGAGACAUGAGGAUUUGAGCGUGGGGCAAACUUAGUCAGUCGUUUUCAUUUGAUGAGACUUUACCUGCCAGGCUGGUCUUUGAAUUUGAAAGAGAAGAAAAAAGUUUUUUUGUUUGCUUUCUUGCUGUAUCGUUACACACUAACACAAGUCUGCAGCAACCCUUUUGCUAACAGAGAUUAUAUAGGUGUAUUAUUCUCACUUAUUUCAUUCAACAACAUCAUCUUUAGGUCAGGUGUUAUGAGCUUAAGCUAAGCUAUUUAGCAUCCUUCGAGUUUCCAUCUGUUGUAAAUACAAAAGCUUUCUGUGCAGGAGGCUUAUGCCUUUUUUUUUUCUCCCCUUCUCUUGUAAAAGAUGUUCUAUAGAAGCCACCAUAGAAUUGAAAGUUCAAACAGAUUGAGAAGAUUUGAAGUUCUUAUGAACUCAUCUCUCUUCCCCAUCUUGUAAUGGUAGUGAAGCAAAUAUAAUGCCAACAAAUUCUGAGAAUUUACUA